CCGGCGUUUCUCGGGAGGGAAGAGUUGGGGAGGCUCUGGCAGCUUGGGAAACGCUAUAACUUUAAAGUCACUGGUUUGCAGGAGUACGCUAAGUGGAAUAUCAGUGUGGGAUCCUGCUACAUGGAAAGUGAGCACCUUCCAUGCUGUUAGGCCACUGGAAAUACUACUAGAACCGUCUUUGGUCAGACCCACUAAAAGUGUUUCAAGAUGGAAAUAGAAGAAUUUGAGGAGGAGGAGUAUGAGGAGUACUUUGAGGAGGGCCCGACGAUCAUCACUACCACCACCACCUCCACCACACAUCAGGCCGCGCAGCAGGUGGCAGGUACUGGGAGCCUUCCUACACGCAAGGUCAGGAAGAAGGCAAGAGUGGACACGUCGAAAUUCAUGACCCCUUACCUGGCACACAGUCAGAAGAUGCUUGACCAGUACAGUCAUAACAAGUACAGGGAGGCGUAUGAGAGGUCCAAGGGACAACCAUACAUCAUUUCAGCUGACACACCUGAGAUGAUUCGCAUCAAGAAGGCCCAGGAGCAGCUCAGUGAGGUAAAAUAUCGUAUGGAAGGGCUGAAGGCUAAGACCACCAGCUCCUACGAUGGCGAGGCUCGUGAGAUUGCACACGUGAAGCACGUCUCUGAUCUUGUCAGCAAAGUUUUAUACAGACAGAAAUGGGACGAGACCAAGGACAGAUACCUGCUGCCUCCUGAUGCUCCUGAGUUGGUUUUGGCUGUGAAGAAUGCAGCUAAUUACAGCAAGAAACUAUACACAGAGGCAUGGGAUGAGGACAAGACCAUGUACUACCCAUACAGUGACAGCCCAGAGCUCCGUCGAGUGGCCAAGGCCCAGGAAAUCCUCAGUGAUAUCAAAUACAAGAAGGGUCAUGAUGAACGCAAAGCAAAGUACACAUCCCUGGCUGAGCCCCCAGAGGUGGAACUAGCCAAGAAAAACUUUGCUAAUCGUAGUAACCUGAAAUAUCAUGAGGACUACAACAAGAACGUGAAGGGCAAGUGGUGUGAAACCCCUUACUUUGACGUUGCUAUUGGCAGGAUGGUCAUGGAUAAUGUCAGUGAAAAAAAAUAUACUGCUGCUUAUGAAGACAUGAAAGACCAAAUUUAUUUCAUGCAAACAGAAACUCCAACAUACGCUACAAACAAAAGCUCUGGUAACAUUGCAAGCUCGGUUAAGUACAAGAAGGACUACGAAAAGACAAAAGCGACAUCAGAAUACAAUGUUCUCCCAGCUUCAGAAAACCCCCUCCUCAGACAACUGAGAUACGCGGGCACCAUCUUGAGCGAUAAAGUGUACAAAGCUAACUAUGAAAAAGCAAGAGGAUCCAGCAUUAACUACUGUGAUACUCCCAAGUUCCAGAUGGACAGCGUCCUCAAACGGUUUAGUGAUGCACACUAUAAAGCGAAGUAUGAUAACGAGGUGAAGGGUCACUAUAUUGGCAGUUAUGAAGAUGUAUUCACUCUUCAUUGCCAGAAGGUGGAGGAGUUAAAGAGUGAAAAACAAUAUAAAGCUGAUUAUGAUGAUAUGAAGACAAGAUGCUACUUUCCUCAAACAAUCACACCUGAAUAUGAAGCAAUUAAAAAAGUGGGACAAUGUAAAGAUAAAGCAUAUCGGCAGCACCCAGACAGAAUAAAGUUCACACAAGUAACAGACUCACCAGUCCAAGUACAAGCGGCCAUUAAUGCUCAACAACUGAGUGAUCUGAACUACAAGGCAAAGUAUGAACAGGAGAAGUUCAAGUGUUACGUCCCUCCUGAUUAUCCCUUUUUCAUUCAGUCUAGAGUUAACGCUUAUAACCUUAGUGAUACUUGUUACAAGUAUGAAUGGGAAAAGACAAAAGCGAAAAAGUUUGAGGUGAAGGGUGAUGCUAUCUCCAUCCUCGCAGCCCGUGCCCACACCAACAUUGCCAGUGAUGUGAAAUACAAGAAAGACUAUGAGAAGGCGAAAGGACACAUGGUCGGCGCUCUCAGUAUUAAUGAUGACCCGAAAAUUAUGCACUCGGUCCAUGUUGCUAAGAUUCAGAGUGAGCGCGAGUAUAAAAAAGACUAUGAAAAGAUGAAGACCAAGUACCAUACCCCACUGGACAUGAUGCUUGUCACAUUAGCAAAGAAGUCUCAGGCUAUUGCCAGCAUGUCCGGCUACAGAAACAUCCCCAGUCGCUACCUCCUACCAUUUGACAGCAUACCACUGGACCUGGCCAAGAAAGCCAACAUCCUGCAGAGUGAUAAUGAGUAUAAGUCAGACUACAACAGCUACACUAAAGGAACUCCUUGGGUACCUUACGGAUCACUGGAUGUUGAGAAAGCCAAGAAAGCUGGAGAGAUCCUAAGUGAGAAAAAGUACAGGCAGCACCCAGACACUGUGCCUUUUACUGCUAUUGAUGAUCACCCUGUUAUGCUGCAAGCUAAGGUCAACCAGGUCAUUAGGAGUGAUUUGCAUUACAAGAAAGGGCUUGACGAGGUCCAUCAAAAAUACUCCCUGCCGCCUGAUGUCCCAGAGUUUCUCCAGGCCAAGUGCAAUGCCUACAAUAUCAGCAAUAAAUAUUAUAAAGUUGGAUGGGAGGAUAUUAUUUCAAAGGGAUAUGAUUUGAAGGGUGAUGCCAUCCCCAUCCGUGCAGCCAAGGCAGCAAGGCAUGCAGCCAGUGAUGUCCAGUACAAGAAAGAGUACAACAAGGCUAGGGGCCACCACGUUGGCUUCCGCAACAUCCAGGACGACCCCCUGCUGGUGCAUUACAUGGCAGUGGCUAAGAUGCAGAGUGAGAAGAACUACAAGAAGGACUAUCACAAGGCUAAGCUGAAGUAUCACACUCCUGUGGACAUGAUGAGUGUUGCGCAUGCUAAGCAUGCAUCCACAAUUCAGACAUUUGCAGGCUACAAGCAGCCACUCCAUCACUACACACUUCUUCCAGAUGCCAUGCACCUGGAGCUGGCCCGCACCAUGAAUGUCAUCUCAAGUGAUUACAACUACAAGUCAGACUAUGAAAACUCAAUGAAAGGCAUUGGCUGGGUACCCAUUGGUUCACUGGAUGUGGAGAAAGCAAAGACUGCUGCUCGUGCUCUGGAUGAGAAGAAGUACAGGCAGCACCCAGAUACCAUCAAGUUCACCAGUGUCAUGAACACCCCAGUUAUGGAGCAGGCGAAAUUGAACGCACAGCAGCUAAGCGAUAAACUGUACAAAGCCAGUGGAGAAAAGUUUAUGCAUACGUACCAUCUGCCUGCGGACACACCGGAGCUUCUGCAAGCCAAAUAUAAUGCUGCUAAUGUCAGCAAGACCUACUACACAUAUGCACACAAGAAGGAUAUUUUAAAAGGACACCAUAUGAAACAGGACGCAAUACCAGUUGUUGCUGCCAAAUCUUCAAGGGAUAUUGCCAGUGAUUACAAGUACAAGCUUGCAUACCAGAAAGCUAGAGGCCACCACGUUGGCUUCCGCAGUCUUCAGGACGACCCACUGCUGGUGCACUACAUGCAGAUGGCAAAGAUGCAGAGUGACAAGAACUACAAGAAGGACUAUCACAAGGCUAAGCUGAAGUAUCACACUCCUGUGGACAUGCUGAGUGUUGUACAGGCCAAGAAUGCAUCUAAGAUUCAGACAUAUAUAGGCUACAAGCAGCCUCUCCAUCACUACACACUUCUUCCAGACGCCAUGCAUAUUGAUCUGGCUCGCACAAUGAUGGAGAUUCAGAGUGAUAAUACGUACAGCUCAGAAUAUAACAGCAUCUACAAGGGAGCAGGCUGGGUUCCCAUUGGUUCUAUUGAUGUAGAGAGAGCCAAGGCUGCCAAUGCUGCCCUGAAUGAGAAAUCCUACAGGACGCAUCCCAGCACAUUGAAGUUCACUAGUUUGACAGACCAAAUGAACAUGACCUUAGCCAUGAGUAACUCUAAGCAGAUAAAUCUUGCUGCUUAUAAAGCUUCUGGAGAGAAAUUCAUGCACACCUACCACUUGCCUGCAGACAGCCCACAGUUUCUGCAGGCCAAGUAUAAUGCCCAGACUAUUAGUGAGAAACAUUACAAGUCUCAGUGGAAUGCAGACAUUGCCAAAGGAUAUGACAUGAAAGCUGAUGCUAUUCCCAUACUUGCUGCCAAACAAGGACGACAUAUUGCUAGUAAUUUCCAGUACAAGAAAGACUACGAGAAAGCUAGAGGCCACCACGUUGGCUUCCGCAGUCUUCAGGAUGACCCGCUGCUGGUGCACUACAUGCAGGUGGCGAAGAUGCAGAGUGACAAGAACUACAAGAAAGACUAUCACAAGGCUAAGCUGAAGUAUCACACUCCUGUGGACAUGCUGAGCGUUGUGCAGGCCAAGAAUGCAUCUAAGGCUCAGACAUAUGCAGGCUACAAGCAGCGUCUCCAUCACUACACACUGCUCCCUGAUGCCAUGCAACUGGAGUUAGCUCGCACCAUGAAUGUCACUUCUAGUGAUGUUGAGUACAAGAGUGAUUACAAUUCCUCUUUGAAAGGUCUUGGGUGGGUGCCCAUUGGUUCACUGUCAGUGGAAACUGCAAAGGUUGGAGGGAACAUACUGAGUGAGAAGAAGUACCGCAGUCACCCCUCCAAAUACACCUUCCACAAGCACAUGGACUCCAUGGACCUGGCACUAGCCACUGCAAAUAACCAGAUCAUGAACAAACAAGCAUAUAUUGCUGCAUGGAACAAAGACAAGCUCAACAUCCAUGUGAUGCCUGACAGCCCUGAAAUUCUCCUUGCCAAGGCCAAUGCGGUGACUAAUAGCCAGAAACUCUACAAAGCUGGCCUUGAGGAAAUGAAUAAGAAGGGUUAUAACCUAAAACCAGAUGCUAUUUCUAUCCAGGCUGCCAAAGCUGGAAGGAAUAUUGCCAGUAAUUAUAAAUACAAGCUGGCCUAUGAAAAGGCCAAAGGCCACCACGUUGGCUUCCGCAGUCUUCAGGACGACCCGCUGCUGGUGCACUACAUGCAGGUGGCGAAGAUGCAGAGUGACAAGAACUACAAGAAAGACUAUCACAAGGCUAAGCUGAAGUAUCACACUCCUGUGGACAUGCUGAGCGUUGUGCAGGCCAAGAAUGCAUCUAAGGCUCAGACAUAUGCAGGCUACAAGCAGCGUCUCCAUCACUACACACUGCUCCCUGAUGCCAUGCAACUGGAGUUAGCUCGCACCAUGAAUGUCACUUCUAGUGAUGUUGAGUACAAGAGUGAUUACAAUUCCUCUUUGAAAGGUCUUGGGUGGGUGCCCAUUGGUUCACUGUCAGUGGAAACUGCAAAGGUUGGAGGGAACAUACUGAGUGAGAAGAAGUACCGCAGUCACCCCUCCAAAUACACCUUCCACAAGCACAUGGACUCCAUGGACCUGGCACUAGCCACUGCAAAUAACCAGAUCAUGAAUAAGCAAGCAUACACAGCUACUUGGGACAAGGACAAAGUUAAGAUUCACGUCAUGCCUGAUACCCCAGAGAUUCUUCUGGCAAGGGCCAAUGCUAUUGCAAUGAGUGAGAAAGCAUACAAAGCUGGAAUGGAAGCUGCAAAGAAGAAGGGUCAUGACCUCAGAGUGGAUGCCAUACCUUUGGUUGCUGCCAAAGCCUCAACACGCAUUGCCAGUGAUUACAAGUACAAACUGGACUACAUAAAGUCAAGAGGCCGCCAUGUUGGCUUCCGUAGUCUUCAGGAUGACCCUCUGUUGGUGCACUACAUGCAGGUGGCCAAGAUCCAAAGUGAUAAACUGUACAAGAAGGACUAUCACAAGGCCAAGCUGAAAUACCACUCCCCUGUGGACAUGCUGAGUAUUGUGCAGGCCAAGCAUACUACUGCUGUUCAGACCUACGCUGGAUACAAACAGCACAUUUCUCACUACACUGUUCUGCCUGAUGCUAUGAACUUGGAACUAGCUCGCAACAUGCAAACGAUUGCAAGUGAUAACAUCUAUAAGAGUGAAUACAAUAACUACAUGAGAGGAAUGCCAUGGGUUCCCAUUGGUUCGUUGGAUGUGGAGAAAGCAAAGACUGCUAGUCGCAUUGGCAGUGAAAAGCUGUAUCGUACACAUCCCAGCAACUACAAGUUCACCAAAGAUAUGACUUCCAUGGACUUGGUCCUAGCUGCAUCUAACAAUCAGAUCAUUAAUAAGAAAAGCUAUACUGAUGCCUGGGAGAAGGACAAAACAUCAAUUCACCUCAUGCCAGAUGCAAUGGAUGUAACUCUUGCACGUCAGAAUAGAGUUAAUUACAGUGAGAAAUUAUAUAAGCUUGCCAAUGAACAAGCAAAGAAGAAGGGCUAUGACAUGCGUGUUGAUGCUAUUCCUAUUAAAGCAGCUAAAGCAUCCACAGGCAUCGCUAGUGAUUAUAAGUAUAAGGCUGGAUAUCGUAAGCAAGUUGGUCACCACAUUGGUGCCCUGAGUAUCCGGGAUGACCCACUGCUCAUGCUGGCCUUGAACUCAGCUAAAAUUGCUAGUGAUGCCCUGUACAAGAAGGACUUCAACAAAUCCAAGACAAAGUUCCAUCUUCCAGUGGACAUGCUUGCAUUUGAACUGGCAAAGAAGAACCAGAUCCAAGUCAAUGAUGCCAAUUACAGAACCUACCUGCACAACUGGACCUGCCUGCCAGACUCCAACGAUGUUGUCCAGGCCCGACAAGUCUAUGACAUCCAGAGUGAUGCUGUUUAUAAGGCAGAUCUGAAAUGGCUGCAAGGCUUGGGAUGGGUCCCCAUUGGCUCACUUGAUGUAGAGAAAGCUAAGAAAGCUGGAGAGAUUAUGAGUGAAAAACGGUAUCGUCAGCACCCAAGCAACUUCAAAUUCACAAUCACAACUGAGGACAUGGGAUUGGCCUUGGCUAAAGCCAAUGCUGAAGUCAUGAACAAGAAAAAUUACAUCCAAGCUUGGGAGAAUGAUAAGACCAAGAUCCAUAUGAUGCCAGAUACAAUGGAGGUGGUCCUUGCAAGGCAGAAUAAAGUGACUUACAGUGAGAAACAAUAUAAACUUGCCAACGAGUUGGCAAAGAAGAAGGGCUAUGACUUGCGCAAUGAUGCCAUUUCUGUUAUUGCUGCUAGAGCUUCUCGGGACAUUGCUAGCGAUUACAAGUACAAGACUGGAUAUCGUAAGCAAGUUGGUCACCACAUUGGUGCCCUGAGUAUCCGGGAUGACCCACUGCUCAUGCUGGCAUUGAACUCAGCUAAGAUUGCUAGUGAUGCCCUGUACAAGAAGGACUUCAACAAAUCCAAGACAAAGUUCCAUCUUCCAGUGGACAUGCUUGCAUUUGAACUGGCAAAGAAGAACCAGAUCCAAGUCAAUGAUGCCAAUUACAGAACCUACCUGCACAACUGGACCUGCCUGCCAGACUCUAACGAUGUUGUCCAGGCCCGACAAGUCUAUGACCUCCAGAGUGAUGCUGUUUAUAAGGCAGAUCUGAAAUGGCUACAAGGCCUUGGAUGGGUCCCCAUUGGUUCUCUUGAUGUAGAGAAAGCAAAGAAAGCUGGAGAGAUUUUAAGUGAACAACGGUAUCGUCAGCACCCAAGCAACUUCAAAUUCACAAGCACAACUCAAGAUAUCGGAAUGGCCCUGGCUAAAGCCAAUAAUGAAAUCAUGAACAAGCAAACCUACAUCCAAGCUUGGGAGAAUGACAAGAGCAAAAUCCACAUCAUGCCAGAUGCAAUGGAGGUGGUCCAUGCUAAACAGAACAAAGUCAACUACAGUGAAAAAUUAUACAAACUUGCCAAUGAAGAGGCCAAGAAGAAGGGAUAUGAUUUGCGUGGUGAUGCCAUUUCUAUCAAAGCAGCCAAGGCCUCCAGAGAUAUCAUCAGUGAUUUCAAGUACAAGACUGGCUAUCGUAAGCAAGUUGGCCACCACAUUGGUGCCCUGAGUGUCCAGGAUGACCCACUGCUCGUGCUGGCCCUGAACUCAGCUAAGAUUGCUAGUGAUGCCCUGUACAAGAAGGACUUCAACAAAUCCAAGACAAAGUUCCAUCUUCCAGUGGACAUGCUUGCAUUUGAACUGGCAAAGAAGAACCAGAUCCAAGUCAAUGAUGCCAAUUACAGAACCUACCUGCACAACUGGACCUGCCUGCCAGACUCCAACGAUGUUGUCCAGGCCCGACAAGUCUAUGACCUCCAGAGUGAUGCUGUAUAUAAGGCUGAUCUGAAAUGGCUGCAAGGCCUGGGAUGGGUCCCCAUUGGCUCACUUGAUGUAGAGAAAGUGAAGAAAGCUGGAGAGAUUCUGAGUGAAAAACGGUAUCGUCAGCACCCAAGCAAUUUCAAGUUCACCUGCACAACCCAGGACAUGGGGUUGGCCUUGGCUAAAGCCAAUGCUGAAGUCAUGAACAAGAAAAAUUAUAUCUCAGCUUGGGAGAGUGAUAAGACAAAGAUUCAUAUGAUGCCAGACACACUGGAGGUGGUCCUUUCAAGACAAAACAAGCUUAAUUACAGUGUGAAACAAUACAAACUUGCUAAUGAAGAGGCUAAAAAGAAGGGCUAUGACUUGCGUGGAGAUGCCAUUUCUAUCAAAGCUGCCAAGGCAUCCAGAGAUAUCAUAAGUGAUUACAAGUACAAGACUGGCUAUCGUAAGCAAGUUGGUCACCACAUUGGAGCCCUGAGUAUCCGGGAUGACCCACUGCUCGUGCUGGCCCUGAACUCAGCUAAGAUUGCUAGUGAUGCCCUGUACAAGAAGGACUUCAACAAAUCCAAGACAAAGUUCCAUCUUCCAGUGGACAUGCUUGCAUUUGAACUGGCAAAGAAGAACCAGAUCCAAGUCAAUGAUGCCAAUUACAGAACCUACCUGCACAACUGGACCUGCCUGCCAGACUCCAACGAUGUUGUCCAGGCCCGACAAGUCUAUGACCUCCAGAGUGAUGCUGUUUAUAAGGCUGAUCUGAAAUGGCUGCAAGGCCUGGGGUGGGUCCCCAUUGGUUCACUUGAUGUAGAGAAAGCGAAGAAAGCUGGGCAGAUUCUGAGUGAAAGACAAUAUCGUCAGCACCCAAGCAACUUCAAGUUCACCUGCACAACCCAGGACAUGGGAUUGGUCUUAGCUAAAGCCAAUGCUGAGAUUGCUAAUAAGAAACAUUACAUUGAAGCCUGGGAAAAAGAAAAGACCAAGAUUCACAUUAUGCCUGAUGCUAUGGAUAUUUUGCUGGCAAAACAGAACAAUGUUAAUUACAGUGAGAAAAGGUACAAAUUUGCCAAUGAAGAAUCCAAGAAGAAGGGCUAUGACUUGCGCAGUGAUGCUGUUGCUAUCAGAGCAGCCAAGGCAUCUAGAGACAUCGUUAGUGAUUACAAGUACAAGGCUGGAUAUCGUAAGCAAGUUGGUCACCACAUUGGAGCCCUGAGUGUGCGGGAUGACCCACUGCUCGUGCUGGCCUUGAACUCAGCUAAAAUUGCUAGUGAUGCCCUGUACAAGAAGGACUUCAACAAAUCCAAGACAAAGUUCAACCUCCCAGUGGACAUGCUUGCAUUUGAACUGGCAAAGAAGAACCAGAUCCAAGUCAAUGAUGCCAAUUACAGAACUUACCUGCACAACUGGACCUGCCUGCCAGACUCCAACGACGUUGUCCAAGCUAGGAAAGUGUAUGAUCUGCGCAGUGACGCUGUGUACAAAGCUGACCUUGAGGACAUGAAGGGCAUUGGAUGGGUCCCAAUUGGUUCGAUAGAUGUCUUAAAGGCAAAGAAAGCAGCAGAGAUCCUCAGCGAUCGCCUCUACAGGCAGAAACCAGACACAUUUAAAUAUACACAAGACAUGCAGUCCAUACCCAUGGUCCUGGCAAAGACAAAUGCUGACGUUAUGAACCAGCAUCAGUACAUUGCAGCCUGGGAAGCUGAUAAGGUCAAGAUCCAUAUUAACCCUGAUACCCCAGAAAUUCUGCUGUCUAAGGCCAAUGCUAUUGUGAACAGCAGGAAACUGUACAGGCAAGCAGUGGAGGACAGCUUCAGGAAGGGAUAUGACAUUAAAUCAGAUGCUGUCUCCAUCAGAGCUGCCAAAGCAUCCAGAGACAUCAUUAGUGAUUACAAAUACAAGACUGGAUAUCGUAAGCAAGUUGGGCACCAUAUUGGAGCUAGAUGCGUCAAGGAUGACCCACUGAUCAUGCUGGCCCUGAACUCUGCUAAGAUUGCAAGUGAUGCCCUGUACAAGAAGGACUUCAACAAAUCCAAGACCAAAUUCAAUCUCCCAGUGGACAUGCUGAAUCUCGAGCUGGCCAAGAAAUGUCAAAUCCAAGUCAAUGAUGCGAACUACAGAACGUAUCUGCACAACUGGACCUGCCUGCCAGACUCCAAUGAUGUUGUUCAGGCUAGGAAGGUUUAUGACCUGCGUAGUGAUGCUGUGUACAAAGCUGAUAUGGAAUGGAUUCGAGGCACAGGUUGGGUUCCCAUUGGCUCUGUGGAGGUAGAAAAGGUAAAAAAAGCCAGUGAAAUCUUGAGUGAGAGGAAAUACCGUCAGCAUCCAAGCAAAUUCAAGUUUACCAGCACAACAGACUCUGUCCCAAUGGCUCUUGCCAAAGCCAAUGCUCACAUCAUGGACCAGAGAGCCUAUGUUGAUGCCUGGAAUAAGGAGAAAAUCCAAAUCCACAUCAUGCCAGAUACGCCUGAGAUUGAGUUAGGAAGGCAGAACAAACUCAACAACAGCAUUAAAUACUACCACCAAGCCUAUGUGGACAGUCUUAAGAAAGGAUACUUCCUGCCAAAAGAUGCUGUUGCUGUUAAAGCUGCCAAGGCCUCCAGGGACAUCAUCAGUGAUUACAAGUACAAAGCUGGCUACAGAAUGCAACAAGGACAUCACAUUGGAGCUCGAAGUGUCACUGAUGACCCACUGAUCAUACUGGCCCUGAACUCUGGUAAAAUUGCUAGCGAUGUCCUAUACAAGAAGAACUUCAACAAAUCCAAGACCAAAUUUAAUCUCCCAGUGGACAUGCUGAGUCUUGAGCUGGCCAAAAAAUGUCAAAUUCAAGUCAAUGAUGCCAACUACAGAACUUACCUGCACAAUUGGACCUGCCUGCCAGACUCCAAUGAUGUUGUCCAGGCUAGGAAGGUUUAUGACCUGCGCAGCGAUGCGGUGUAUAAGAGUGACCUAGAGUGGCUUCGUGGAAUCGGCUGGAUGCCACAAGGUUCUAUUGAAGUUAUUAAAGUCAAGAAUGCCCAGAGAGUCCUCAACGAGCGACUGUAUAGACAGCAUCCUAGCAAAGUCCCAUUCACAAGUGCAGUGGACUUGCCUGUCAUUGUUCUAGCCAAGCAGAAUGCUGAUAUCCUCAGUGAAAGAAAAUACAAGGAGGCAUGGGAAAAAGACAAAACGACAAUCCAUAUGAACCCAGACACACCAGCAGUUAUACUGUCCAAGGCCAAUGCCAUUGCUGUCAGCAAUAAAAUGUAUACUAAAGACUGGGACUCCCAGAAGGCAAAAGCAUACCAGAUCAAAGAGGAUGCUGUCGCUGUUUUGAAGGCCAGAGCUUCUAGAGACAUUGCUAGUGAUUACAAGUACAAGGAAGGUUACCGUAAGCAAGUUGGGCACCAUAUUGGAGCUAGAUGCGUCAAGGAUGACCCACUGAUCAUGCUGGCCCUGAACUCUGCUAAGAUUGCAAGUGAUGCCCUGUACAAGAAGGACUUCAACAAAUCCAAGACCAAAUUUAAUCUCCCAGCGGAUAUGUUGAACCUUGAACUGGCUAAGAAAUGCCAAAUCCAAGUCAAUGAUGCCAACUACAGAACGUAUCUGCACAAUUGGACCUGCCUGCCAGACUCCAACGAUGUUGUUCAGGCUAGGAAGGUUUAUGACCUGCGCAGUGAUGCUGUAUACAAGGCUGAUCUAGAAUGGCUGAGAGGAUGCGGCUGGAGCCCCCAUGAAUGCUUAGAAGUCAAGAAGGUGAAGAAUGCCCAGCAGAUCCUGGCAGAUAGAGGCUACCGUGUGAAGCUGGAUGAGCAGAAGUACACUGUUCCUUCAGAUAGGCUUGAUAUUUUGCGUGCCAAGAAUUCUGCUAGUGUGCUGAAUGAGGCAAGCUACCGUGAGGCAUGGCACCGUGAUAAGGUCAAAUACACAAUGCUGGACACCCCACUGCUGGCAACAGCCAGGGAAGUGGCCAAGAAUACUCAUCCAACACUCUACACCAAGGACUGGGAUAAGACAAAGGCUACCUCAUAUUUCAUGCCUGGAGAUGCUGUUCCUAUUAAACAGUGUAUCAGCACCACCAAAGUGCAAAGUCAUUACAAUUACAUGGAAGGCUACCGUAAGCAAGUUGGUCAUCACAUUGGUGCCCGAAGCAUCCAGGAUGAUCCACUUAUGAUCCUGGCUGUGAACUCUGCUAAGAUCGCUAGUGAUGCCCUGUACAAGAAAGACUUCAACAAAUCCAAGACUAAGUUCAACCUCCCUGUAGAUAUGUUGGCUUUUGAAUUAGCCAAGAAAUGUCAGAUGCAGGUCAAUGAUGAUAAUUACAGAACUUACCUGCACAACUGGACCUGCCUACCAGAUCAGAAUGAUGUUAUUCAGGCUCGCAAAGUCUAUGAUCUUUGUAGUGAUAAUGUCUACAAGGCAGAUUUGGAAUGGAUCCGUGGCUGUGGAUGGGUGGCAGCUGAUAGUGUUGAGCAUGUCAAAGUCAGGAAAGCCCAGGAGAUCCUUAAUGAUAGACACUACAAGAAAGGUGCCACGGAAAACUUCUCUAAGUUCACCCUUGUCGUGGAUCGCCCUGAAAUUGUCUUGGCCAAAGUUAAUGCUUUUAAUCUCAGUGAUCUGAAGUACAAAGAGUCCUUCAACCUGGAGAAGGGUCACUACAUUGGAUCUGAUGAUACCCCACAGCUGGCCCACUGCAGAGAGUUUGCAAAGAACAUUAGUGAGAAACUGUACAAACUCGGCUGGGAUGAAACCAAAGCCACUGGUUAUCAGCUGAACCAUCAGUAUCUCCCACUUACUGUAGCCAAGAAGAGUAGAGACAUCGUCAGUGAUGUUAAGUAUCAUGAUUCCCAUGAAAAAGCCAAGGGUCACUACAUGGCUGGAACUCUGGUUGACUUCCCUGAAGUGGUCCACUUUGGUAAAAUAGAAAAGAUGAAGAACCUGAGAGACUACCAUAAGGACUAUAAUACGACCAAGACUAAGCUACACAUUCCUGCUGACAUGAUCAGCCAUGUUGUUGCCAAAAGAUGCCAGGAUAUCCUGAGUGAUGUGCAGUAUCGCACCUACCUGCACCAGUGGACGUGCCACCCUGAGCAGAAUGAUGCUAUUCGCGCCCGCAAGGCCAAUGAGAUCCUGAGUGAUGUGUUCUACAAAGAUGACCUGAACUGGAUGAAGGGCAUUGGCUGCUAUACAUGGGACACACCUGAAAUUGUGCGUGCCAAGAAGUCUUAUGAGCUUCAGAGUGAUAUCAAGUAUAAGGCGGAGGGUAAGAAGGAGUUCAAUAACUACUCCAUUGUGACAGAUACCCCUGUGUAUGUGACUGCUAUACUGGGCCACACCUGGGCUAGUGAACUGAACUAUAGAGAAGCUUACCACAAGGAGAAGCACUUGUACACCACUGUUCUGGACACCUAUGACUAUGCAAGAUGCUUAAACCUGAAGCAACUAUACAGCACGAAAGCAUACUCCGCUCUCUGGGAUAGAAUCAAGGCCAAGAGCUACAGCUUGCCUCAUGACUCUCAUGCUUUGGUCCAUGCCAAACAUCAGAAGGUCGUCUUGAGCAACGUGAAAUACAAGGAGGAUUAUGAGAAGUUUAAGGCCCUCUACAGUCUACCUAAGUGUCUGGAGGAUGACCCUGCCACUGCUAGAUGCAUCAAGGCUGGUAAACUCAACAUAGAUCGCCUGUACAAGCAGAAGUGGGAAAAGACCAAAGCCAAAAUCCAUGUGCCUCCUGACAUGCUGGAUGUGGUGGCUUCCCGCAACACCCAGAAAAUGGUCAGUGAAAUUGAUUACCGUAAAUACCUGCACCAGUGGAUCUGCCUGCCUGACAUGCAGGUCUACGUACAUGCCCGCAAAGUCAACGAGCAGCUCAGUGAUAUCUUCUACAAAGAUGACAUGAACUGGCUGAAGGGAAUUGGCUGCUAUGCUUGGGAUACACCUGAGAUUCUACGCUGCAAGCAAGCAAUGAAGCUGCAGAGUGAUUCAUUAUACAGAGCUAAGGGAAUUGAACAUUUCAAGAACUACUCUGUUGUGAUGGAAACCCCUGUGUAUGAGACAUGCAAGCUGAGCGCCCACAACCUGAGUGAGCUCAACUACCGCAAUGACUAUGUCACCAAUGUAAGGGGUAAAAACACCGCUCCUGCUGUGACUGUUGACUCAGAAAGGGCUCGUUUGGCCAAUUACAUCCAGAGUGAUAACCUUUACAAAGAGGCCAGCAAGAGCUUCAUGCCCACUGGUUACUCUCUUCCUAAUGACACACCACUUAUGAAACACGCUAAGGCCAGCAGGACCAUCGCUAGCAAUGUGAAGUACAAGGAAGCUUAUGAACUUAUGAAAGCAAAGAGCUAUAAACUGGACCCCAAUGGUGUCAAUUUUGUCACCAUCAGAAAGGCCAACCAGGUCAUCAAUAAUCGACUUUACCGUGCCAAGUAUGAGAAGGAAAAGGACAAGGUUCACUCUGUGUACGACACUCCAGAGAUCAAGCAGGUUAAGGCUACCCAGGAGGCCAUUAGUGAUGUUUGCUACAAGGAAAAAUACUAUAGCAGCAGAGGCACACUCGUGCCCAUGCCCAUCACUCCAGAGCUGUUGCACUGCUUCCACGUCAAUGAGCUCAACAGCGAUCUGAAAUACAAAGAGGAUCUGCAGUGGCUGAGAGGUAUUGGUUGCUUUUUGUUCAACUCCCCUGAGAUGGUCCGCAUCCGCGAGUUCAACAAAUUUAGGUCUUCCUAUGAUAUUGAGGCCAAGAAGAACUUUGCCAACUUCUCUGUGGUUCUGGACACUCCAGAGUACCAGCGUGUGUCCGAGCUGAAGACGCACAUAAGUGAUCUGGUGUACAAAGCUGAUGGCAAUGUACAGAAGACCAAGUGCACCUCUACUGCAGAUGCUUUAGACUUCAAGAGAGUCAAGUGGGCCCAGACUCUUAGCAACAAGUGGUUGUACACUAGCCUGGCUUCCAAAGAAAGAGCAUUCUACACCCCAGAGUCACACACACCUCACUUGGACCAUGCCAGAACUAUGAAAGUUGUGUACAGUGAGAAAAAGUACAAAGAACAAUAUGAAAAGAUGAAGCACAGGUACACUGCUAUCCAUGACACACCCAUUCUGAUUCGUGCCAAAAAGGCCUACCUAAAUUCCAGCGAUCUGCGUUACAAGGAGACCUUUGAGCUGUCCAAGGGACACUAUCACACUGUUAAGGAUGCACUGGACAUUGUUUGUGCUAAGCGUGUCAGAGAUGACAUCAGCGAGGUUAAAUACAGAGAGAAGUACAUCAACUCACUGGGCACCUGGAAGUCCAUCCCAGACCGUCCUGAGUUCUUCCACAGCAGAGUUGUAAGAGACUGCGUCAGUGAUAUCAAAUACAAAGAGGAUCUAGACUGGCUCAAGGGCAUUGGCUGCUAUGUGUGGGAUACACCUGUGCUGGUACAGGCCGAACAUAACAAGACUCUCUACAGUGAGAGGCUGUACAAAGCAUCUUAUGAAAAGAACAGAGGCAACUUCAAGUACACAUGUGACACACCCUUCUUUGAGGCUAUCAAACAAGCUUCUGCUCUCGCCAAUGAUAGAUCCUAUCGCGCUGAAUAUGAGAAGACUAAGGAUAAGUACACCGUAGUUGUAGAUGACCCUAGAAACAUCCUGGCUAAAGAGGUCAAUAAGCUGAGCCAGGUCAAGUAUAAGGUCAGGGCCAAGGAGCUGCUCAGGGGCGGCUGCAACGAGUUGCUCCGCCCUGACAUUCUGAACGCCUUAUACAACUCUAGCAUGUGGAGUAAGUGGAAGUACAAGGAACAGUAUGAGCGUCUCAAGUCAAAGUACACAGCAGUGCUGGACACCCCUGAGCACCAGGUCCACAAACGCCGCAAGCAGAUCAGUGACAUCAUCUACAAGAUGGAGUAUAACAAAAACAAGGCUACAGGUUAUACUCUUGGUCAUGACACACCUUUGAAUCAGCACAUGAAGAAGGUCAAGGAGAUCACUAGUAAUCUGAAGUAUAAGGAACUGUAUGAAAAAAGCAAAGCUCAGAUCAACAUGGCUCCUGAUGCUUACGAAAUCCGUGCCGCCAAGGAGGCCUACAAGAACAUCAGCAAUCUUGACUACAAGAAGAAGUAUGAAGCCACCAAGAACAAGUGGAUUUGGACUCUGGACAGACCUGACUUUGUCCAUGCGGCAAAGAUCAACUACCAGCAGAGUGAUGUUGAGUACAAGUAUGACAAGGAGAUGCUGAAAGGCUGUGUGAUGCCUGUUGCAGAUGAUAAGUACACACUUCUGGCCAAGCAGAACACUGAGCUUUCCAGUGAUGUGAAAUACAAACAAAAGUAUCAAGAGUCCAAGGGCCACUACAUUCCUGUCCUUGAUACCCCUCAGAUUCUCCAUGUUAAAAAAGUGGCUACCCUGGUUUCUGAGAGCAAAUACAAGCUGGGUGCAAAGAAGGAGCUCCAGUCUGGCUGCUUCACAACUCUACCUCAGACCCGUGAGACAGCACACAGCAAAGAGGUGGCCAAAAUCACAAGUGCUAAACUGUACAAGGAGAAGUUUGAGAAGGAGAGAGGCAAGUCUGAGUACAACAAUAUGACUGUACCCCCUGAUGUCCAGCAUGCUAUUGAUGUAGCCAAGAGCCAGAGCAACAUUGCCUACAAACAAGAAGCAAAGGCCAAGCUGCACUACACCCCUGUUGCUGACCGCCCAGACAUCAGGAAGGCUACCCAAGCUGCCAAGCUCAUCAGUGAAGUGGGUUACCGUGAUAAGGCUCGUCAGGAAGCUAGCCGUGGAGGGUCUCUGAUCGGCCGUCCUGACAUCACCUUGGCCACUGAAGUGUCUAAACUGACCAGUCAGGUGAAAUAUAAGGAGAAGUUUGACAAGGAGCUGAAAGGAAAGAGACCCCAGUAUGACUUGAAGAGCAGUAAGAUUUAUCAGACUCUGAAGGAUGCCAAUGUACUUGCAAGUGAGGUGAAAUACAAGGGUGACCUGAAGAAGAUCCAUAAACCUGUGACCGACAUGGCUGAAUCUCUGGCCAUGCAGCACAGCUUGAGUACCAGCAAGCUGGCCAGUGAUUACCAGUACAAGAAGAAAUUCGAGGCGAGUAAAGGUCACUACCAUAUGAUCCCUGAUACGCCCGAGCAGCUUCAUCACAAAGAGGCCUCAGAGCUGCAGAGCUACGUGAAGUACAAGGAGAAAUAUGAGAAGGAGAAAGGCAAGGCCAUGCUGGACUUUGAAACUCCAACUUAUGUGAGCGCCAAGGAAGCACAGCAUAUGCAGAGCCAAAAAGACUAUAAGAGGGACUUUGAGGAAUACAUGAAAGGCACAAACCUCUCAGGCUUGGAGGUCACCCCUGCCAUGAUACAUGUCAGACAUGCAACCAAAAUUGCUAGUGAGAAAGAGUAUAGGAGGGAUCUAGAGGAAGGGGUGAAGGGUAAAGGGCUUACAGUGCUUGAGGAAACUCCUGAAUUACUGAGAGCAAAGAAUGCUACUCAGAUCCUGAAUGAGAGAGAGUAUAAGAAGGCAUUGGAGCAAGAGAUAAAGGGCAAAGGAAUGUUGGCUUUGGCGACAGACACCCCAGACUUUAUGAGAGCAAGAAAUGCGACAGAUAUCCUGAGCCAGACUAAGUACAAACAGAACGCUGAGCACGACAGAUCCACCUACACCACUGUGAUUGACACUCCAGACAUCAUCCAUGCUCAACAGAUCAGGAACAUAGUGAGCCAGAAAAGGUACAAGGAGGAGGCAGAGAAGACCAUGUCUCACUACGUGCCUGUUCUGGACACCCCCGAGAUGCAGAGAGUCCGUGAGAACCAGAAGAACUUCAGCACUCUACACUACCAGGUUGACCUUAAAAACAGUAAGGGCAAAGUUUCAGCAGUAAAGGACACACCUGAAAUGCUUCGUGUUAAAGAAAAUACAAAGAAUUUCAGCUCGAUUCAGUACAAGGAGGAUUUGGGAAGAGGAACGGCUAUUGCAGAAACCCCUGAAAUGGAGAGAGUUAAACGCAAUCAGGAGGCUAUUAGCACGAUCAAAUACAAGGAGCCGACUAGUCAAGGCAUAUCUAUAGCAGACCUUCCUGAGGUGAAACGUGUGCGGGAGACUCAGAAGAAGAUCAGCUCGAUUCAUUACAAGGAAGAUUUAGGAGGAGGAACUGCUGUGUCAGAAACACCUGAGAUGGAGAGAGUUAAACGCAAUCAGCAAAAUAUUAGCACGAUAAAGUACAAAGACUUUCUGGGGCGAGCCACAGCUAUACCAGACCUUCCCGAAGUGAGACGAGUCAGAGAGACUCAGAAGCACAUCAGCUCGGUUUUAUAUAAAGACACAUCUGCCAAAGGAACUCCAGUGGUUUUCACUCCUGAGAUGGAGCGGGUCAAACGGAACCAAGAACAUAUUAGCUCGGUGCUGUACUCCGACAGCUUCCGUAAGCAGGUACAGGGUAAGGCAGCCUUCGUGCUGGACACUCCUGAGAUGAGACGUGUGAAGGAGACCCAGCGCAUCAUCUCUGGGGUGCAAUACCACCAGGACUUUGAGAAGAGUAAGGGCAGCUUCACUCCCACCACCAGUGACCCCGUGACUGAGCGUGUGAGGAGGAACAUGCAGGACUUCAGUGACAUCAGCUACCGUGGCAUUCAGAGGCGCGUGGUGGAGAUGGAGAGGAGACGCGCCGUAGAACAUGAUCAGGAGACCAUCGCUGACCUGCGUGUAUGGCGCACCAACCCUGGCUCUGUCUUUGACUAUGACCCUGCUGAGGACAACAUCCAAUCAAGAAGCCUGCACAUGAUGUCAGUUCAAGCUCAGCGUCGCAGUAAGGAGCACUCUCGUUCCACCAGCGCCAUGAGCGGCGUAGGAGACGAGAAAUCUGAAGUGUCUGAGAACGUGGAACACCACCUGUCCCUCUACAGCAACGGAUUCCCCACUACAACCAUAGGCUACCAGCAGGCUAAGACUGUAGAGCUUCAGCAGAGAUCCUCUUCUGUGGCCACCCAGCAGACCACUGUGUCCUCUGUGCCCUCACACCCCUCCACCACUGGAAAAACUGUACGUGCGAUGUAUGACUACAGUGCUGCUGACAAAGAUGAGGUGUCCUUCAAGGAUGGAGACGUUAUUGUGAAUGUGCAGUCCAUCGACGAGGGCUGGAUGUAUGGCACUGUGCAGCGUACAGGCAAAACUGGCAUGCUGCCAGCCAACUACGUGGAAGCAGUCUAAAGACAAGUGGGAGAAUGACACGUCCACUGGGCUAAAACACCUCAGGCAUUUAGAUUAGAAGCUUGUUUAUGUGUAGUGAAUGUAAGGUUAGGCUUAGAAUAGUUACGCCACUGUUGGUCCCCAUUAAAAUAUGUGCAAUUUUGCUCCUCAUGCCCCUUGCGUCUUCUGUGGAUGUGACACGAGAAACUGACAAAGGUUAUACAAUACUUAAGUAUUUGUGAUAGCCCAUUGUAGAGUAUUUAUCUUUUAUUUUCCAAACCUAGUGUAACAGUUGAGUAAAUGAAAGCCCAUUAUUUUUGUAUAUUCCUGAAAAAUAUCAGACUCAGUUGUCAUUAUGGAAGUGUUCCCUGGAAUUUCCAGUGUUGAAACUUUUGCACAAGAAGAGAUGGGCUAACUUUCUGUACUCCUUUUCUGUAACGGAAAAGAAAGUCUGACAUGUUCGAUGUUUCAUAAACACUGAACUACAAUACCAAAGAGGUCAUUUGAAAAUUAAGGGGAUAGUGAAAACCGCAAACCAUGAGGAGACACCAUCAAUUCCUCAGAUGCAAACGUGUACUGAAAAGUUCUAAGAAAUAAGCCUCUUCCCUCCUUGGCUGAAGGCUGAUCACAAGUUGCAUGUGUGUUUUGUUUCUUCCGAUUCCCUAGGUCUAGGGUUAGAGUCAUACACCGUGACUCAGUAGCUAAUAAAGCACACAACGCUUCUGCAGUAAA